AUGAUAGAUGUAAAAAAAUAUGAUCAAGAUAGAGAAUGGAUAACAGAUGUACCUUUAGAAGAAUAUACAUUACAACAAUUACCUGCUGAACCUGAACUUACAAAAGAAUUAAAGACUGCAUCCUUUCCCGUCGGUGAAUCAGGUACGAAUGUAACAACUGUAACAUUCGGCCAUCGUUCUGGUAAAUUAUUGGCAACGGGUAGUGAUGAUAAUGCCAUACAUAUUUAUUUGAUUGGUCAACCAACAUCAUUACUUGUAUCAUUGAGAUUUUCAAAUGAAGAAAAUUUAUUAGCAUCAGGCAGUCGUUCUGGUGCAGUAAAAAUUUGUGAUCUUGAAAGUCAAAAAGUUAUACAUCCUGGCGGUCAUAAAACAUGUAUUCGUUCAAUUGAAUAUUUCCCAUCAAGUAAUAAUUUUCUAGCAACAGGUGCUGUUGAUGGUACAGCAAAGCUUUGGGAUCCGAGACGAAAAGGUUUCAUAUUCAACUAUAAAGGACACAAUGGAGCUAUAAAUGCAUUAAAAUUUUCUCCCGAUGGACGAUUUUUAAUUACUGCUUCAGAUGAUACAGCUAUUCGAAUGUGGGAUGUUACAGCUGGUAAAGUAUUAAAAGCUUUUCAAGAACAUCAAGGACCUGUAUAUGCGGUUGAAUAUCAUCCAAAAGAACUUUUACUUGCAUCUGGUGGUGCUGAUAGACGAAUUAAGUUUUGGGAUCUUGAAAAACUUCAAUUUAUUUGUGAAACAGAUAUUGAAACAUCAGCAAUUAGAUGUUUAGCAUUCGAACCAACAAAUGCUAGUUAUAUACUUUCCGGAUCAAAUGAUAUGUUACGUGUUUAUAAUUGGGAACCAGUUCAAUUACUUGACACUGUUCAAAUGGGUUGGAAAAAUAUUCUUGACAUGACUAUACAUAAAGAACAACUUUUUGGAGCAUCUGUUUUACAAAAUGAAGUUUGUAUUGGCUCCGUUUAUCUUUCAAAUUUAAAAACAAAACGACGUAUAUCACCCGUUCGUGAUUAUUUUCCAAGUGAUCCCAAAGCGCCAUCAAUUGCAACUACUACACUGUCCGGUCGCCGAAGUCUAUAUCAAGCAAUGACUGUUAAAGAUGAACAUGUCAAACUUAAACCAGAACCAACAAAUACUAUUAAUACAGAUGAAUCAAAAUCAUCGGUUGCUGAUAGUGUUAUGAUUGAUAAUCAAGCUGAUUAUGAUCGAAUUUUUCGUGCUAAAGCACGUUUACCACGUUCGCCUAGUCAUCAAGGAAUUUCAGCACCACCAACAGUUUCUUCUACAUCAUCAUCAUCAUCGGGUGGAUUCACUACACAAACGUCAUCAACAACUGAAGUUACAUCAGUACCUACUUCUGCUGCAACAAAACCAAAAACUUCUCAAUCUGCUUCACCGCCACCUCAACUUGAUAUGUUAAUGCCUAGUAUGCGAAUGCCUAAUCCUACAGUCACUCAAAAUGAACAAUCACGAACCAAUGAACAAAUUUUUGCUAGUUUAUCAAAAGCUAAUCAAACGAUUAGUUCAGUACAACAACAACGUAAAAGUAAUUUAACUUUAUUAAUUGAUUUAUCACGAAAUAAUUCUACACAAACAACUUUUCAAGCAAUUAUUACUUCAAAUGAUCUGUCACUUGAAUGCUUUUUAUUACGUUUUGUUAUUGAAAAACUAGCCAAACGUGAUUGGACACUCGAAUUAUGUGCAUCAAUUUUACCAGCUGUACGCGAUCUGAUCAAAUCUCAUUAUUAUUUGUACAAUUUAACAGGAUGUCAAACACUUGAACGAAUUCUUUCACAUUUUGGUAAAUUAAUCUAUGAUAAUGUUGGAGCUAAAUCAAUUGGUGUAGAUCUGAGUCAACAAGCACGACGUGACAAAUGUCAAACAUGUCAUCAUGUAUUACAUGAAAUUCGAUGUUUACUUGAAGAUCGACUAAAAAAUAUUUCUGAUUUAUCAUUGAGACAAUUAUUCGAUGACAAUUUACGAUUAUUAAAUGCUUGCGAGCGUUCUUGA